UAACCCCAUUCGGAUGGCCCAAGUGAUAAAAAAACACAAGCGAGUGACAAAAACAAAAAACAAAAUUUAAAGCAGAUUGCAGAAGAGAAGAAUGCUCAAGGCAAUUCGACCAGUCGUGGAGCAGAAGUUGUUGAACCAGAUAAAGUAUAAGAAAUUUGGAUUGAACAUUGAGUUAAAAGAGGGAAGAGUAUAGGGUAUUUCAACCAGUUUAGAGGGUGUCUAUAAGGCGCAACAAUGUCGGUAACAGCAGGUGUUAGUGAUACUGUGAUUGCAGUCAGGGAUAAGCUCAGAGGUAAAAUUGGGCAAACAAAAGUUAAAAGGUAUUGGCCUGGAAAAGCUCCCGAGUGGGCAGAUGAUGCCGACGAAGAUGGGGAUAUUAGGAUGUCCGCAGCUGCUUCAUUGGAGAAAGCUUUCCCCACUGAGGAAUAUUCUGAUGUUGUCAGAAAAGAUGAUCCUAGACUGCGCCGUUUGGCUGAGAGCAGGAUAGAUAAUCGUGAGGAUGCUCGAGCUGAUCAUAGGCGUAUCCGGCAAGCUGAGAUUGUUUCAACAAUUGAAGAAGAAGCCAAGAGGCAGGAAGGGUUAGAAGCGGAGGAAGAGGACGCAGAUGCUUUGGAGGAAAGAAGAAGAAGGAUCAAGGAGAAGUUGCGUCAAAGGGAGCAAGAAGAAGCUCCACUCCUGUCGGAAGAUGAGGAAGAAGUAAAGGAAGAGGAGGAAGAAGAGUCUGAGUAUGAUACUGACUCAGAAGAAGAGCUUACUGGUAUGGUGAUGCUGAAGCCUGUCUUUGUGCCCAAGUCAGAGAGAGAUACUAUUGCUGAACGUGAGCGACUUGAGGCUGAAGAACGAGCCCUUGAGGAAUCUAGGAAGAGGAAUUUGGAGGAAAGGAAGAGAGAGACAAAGCAGAUUGUGGUUGAGGAGAUUCGGAAGGACGAAGAGAUUCAGAAGGGUUUGGAACAGGAAGCAAAUAUUGCUGAUAUUGAUACUGAUGAUGAAGUAAACGAGGCAGAGGAGUAUGAAACUUGGAAGGCAAGAGAGAUUGCCAGGAUCAAGAGGGAUAGGGAGGACCGGGAAGCAAUGAUAAAGGAGAAGGAAGAGAUUGAAAGGGUUAGAAACAUGACAGAGGAAGAGAGGAGGGAGUGGGAGAGGAAGCAUCCGAAAGCUGCACCACGACCAAAGCAGAAGUGGAGAUUUAUGCAGAAAUAUUACCACAAGGGUGCUUUCUUCCAGUCAGAACCUGAUGACUAUGCUGCAACUGUUGGAACAGAUGGAAUUUACACGCGUGAUUUCUCUUCCCCAACUGGAGAAGAUAAGAUGGACAAAACAAUAUUGCCCAAGGUCAUGCAGGUCAAACAUUUUGGUCGUAGUGGAAGGACGAAAUGGACGCAUCUUGUCAAUGAGGAUACCACUGAUUGGAACAAUCCAUGGACGUACAAUGAUCCUCUACGAGCGAAGUAUAAUGCUAAAAUGGCCGGAAUGAACACGCCUAUUAUAAAACCCAAAGGAAGCAAGAAAUUGAAGGAUUGGGAGUCUCGUUGAUUUUUGACUACUCAGUCAUGUGCAAGAAGCUAGGAUUUGUAAUUUAUCUGAUGUUUUCAUUGACGGAAUACAAGUUUGUGGGAGAAUAUUACAUUCUUAAAUGUAUUUUCGCAAUGUAGGACUUGCUGCUCAGGGCACAGCCAUGUAAGAUUUCUAGUCCAUUAUGAUACUUCAGUAUGACUUGAGAAUUAAAAUCAUAGAAUUCGAUCUGUAACUUUAACUUGAUCUCAUGUGCCUGGACUAUUUUUAUGUUCUUGACCA